AGAUAGAGAACGAUGUAGAGACAGGAAGCCUCUGCUGCUACAGAGCCAGUGAGACUCGGGCAGGCAGAGGGGGAAGACGAAGAGAGAGGGAGAGGGGGCCUCCUGGCAUCUCUGAGACAGGCCCAGAGAGGGGGGAGAGGGGCUCCAGGAGCAACACAACGUAGAGAGAGACAGAGAGAGAGCAGUAGGUGGAGAAGGAGCAUCGGCAGAGGAAAGAGGUAGGGCGAUAAAAUCAGAAGCAGGGUUUGGCAGGAGUGGAGGGAGAGGGUGGGACCUUAGCUGAGGAGGGAAAAUAACACUGAAGAAAAAAAAAGUUUUGAAAACUGAGGGAAAGAAUAGAAUAGAAUAGACAGAGCAUGUGUUAAUGUUGGAAGCCAGAGGAGAUCCAUGGAAGAAAGUCAUCAUCCGUCAGCAUGUUCUCUGACAGUCGGGCCACUUCAACGCCCAGGGAGCAGAAAGGCUUCAAGACGCAUGGCCCCCACUUCAUCCCAUGGCUGCGCAACAGUCUGAAGGCUCACCAUGGCAGCGCAGACCUGGGGCUCAAUGGGGCAUACAAAUCCAGCUCAGAGGCCCGCAACAGCCUGACCCCACUGGAGAGAGCCAAGGGGAUUGGUUUGUUCUCCAUCCAGGGAAAGGACCGGGCAAAGAAGGGGGAGCUCCGAUGUAAUGGCAUGGGUAAGCUGCCAGUGGUGCUGAGGGGGAACCACAUCCUGCCAGGCAGUGUGGGGAAGCAGAAGGAUGAGAGUCCUGCCAAGUGGAACAAGACUAAAGAACUGGACGUGGACCCUAUCACCAACACUCAGCUCAGCCCAAAGGAAGGACUGACUGACAAUUCCUGCUCUGCACCAGAGAGCCAAAAUGUUGGCCACACAAUUCUCCGUCAGACGCAGAAUGACACAAGCAGCCCCUUAGUGAGGAAAUACGGGCCUUUGGUGGGGCCCCAUCCUACACCUAUACCUGUGCUGCUGGCAGAGAAGCCCAGCUGUAAUGUGCCUGUUGUGGUGUGCAUGGAAGACAGGGAGAGGAAGAUGUGGGACUACACUAGUCACACCACCUACCACCAGAGAGACCUCCAUUCAUCCAGCUGGCUGGGCUCAGACACUCAGGAGCUCAUGGAGAGACAGCAUGGGUUCACCUCCAGCUUCAGCUAUAUCAACAAACACAGCAGGAGCUCACAGAGCCAGAGAGACCUGACAGCCCCGAGGGAGCCCCUGAAUGGCCUCAUCUUUUCCACAGAGACCCCUCCUGAACGCCUGGGCUGCUUCUCAACUCUAAGAGGCCAGAGGAAACCCAGGCUGAACUCAGAACAGAUUGCAAUCCUGGGUCAGAACCAGACAUGGGUACAGCACAAAUCAAACAGAGACCAGGAGCCACCGAGGAAGGGAGCAGGCUGCAGCAGAAAGGUGGUCCGAAACCAGAUCAAACGAGUGGUGGACAACCUGGAGCAGGUUCUUACAUCACUGAGGGACAUUCAGCAGGAAAUCAAAGAGGUUGUGCAGCAGAUUGACUAUCUAACCUCUUCCAUUGAUCUGGAUGAUGAGGAGCAGCAGAUAGCAGGAGAAGAAGCUAAGCCUCCCAGCGACAGCAGCUACAGUUCAGCUUCUAGCUCCAGUGAGGUGACAGUACGCAGCGCCCAGCAGAGGCCUCCAAGAGCUGAAAACCGGUUGGUGGACUCCGAUGGUUCCCCCAGUGGAGAGAAUCACAGCAGAAGUCUGCCUUCACAGAAUGGCCAGCUGCACUCCAUUACCACAGGCUCGCUGUCUGAAAGGAGUCGGACUGUUAGACUAAGUUGUGGUACCAUGCUCUCGCCAAGAAAAAGCGUAUCUCGAGCACACACAAACUGUCCUCCCUGUUCUAAUCCACCCCCUCCUAAAAACCCGACCACCCAGGAUCAAAUUCAGUCUCCUAAAGGAAACAUCCCUGCGCGACCUCCCACUCCUGGGCUUUCUCCUCUAACAGUGAACCUCCAUCACCCCAGCAGCCCUGGAUCACAGCCUUCCUCCCCUCUGUCUCCAAAGCUUUAUCCACCUCCCGCCCUUAGCCCGUCUGUCAUCAUAGAGACCAAAGUCGGGUCAUAUCAGACCCCACAAGGCGAUCUGCCAUCUGCUGGACCGUUCUCAUCAUCACUAACCCACCCUCUGUCUGCCAGCUGCCCACCCACAAACUCUGAGACCAAACGUUUGUCCCAGCGCGACAAAGAGCGGCGAGCAUCCUCAGCGGGACCCUCACAUGCCUACGCUAUCAACGCAGGUACAGCUAAACCCCCCACAGGACAGGGCAGAAGGGGCCGCAAGCCCCCACCUUACCCCCAUCACAGACUCUCCGAGCCCCAGAAUAAAGUAAGAGAGGCCAGGAAAGCUCCUCCGUACCCAGAGAAAAAAAGGCUGCUCUCUACCACGGUGUGAGACAAUGCAGCAGAAGGGGGGCAGCCAAUCGAACGGAGGCAAAUAAACAGCACCAGCCAAAUGUCUGCCAGAGUGGGGAGUGAUUUAAGGCGGUGUAAGGCUCGCCAACUUCAGCUGAGAUCAAGUUUCCAGGGUGACAGGAUGCAAAGGUAACCCAGGGUAACAAGAGCCUUUGUGCAGAUGUUCAAUUUGCACCCCAGUUCUGCGCCUCCCACAGACUUCACAGCUAAAGGGCAAAGGGGAAGGCAUUAUUACCCAGAAACCAGAAGGAAACUGCAAUUACUUCAGAAUGUUAGGUCGAGAUCCGGGAGUGAUCUUUUUUCCUAUUCUGACCCUCCCCUGAGAGAGACGGAGAGCCUGGACGGCGACAAAGGGACCCAGCUGAACUCCAGGGAGACACGAGAUGAAAGACGCAGAAGGGCACAGAGCCAGAGCGGGAGGAGGAGGCAUGUUCUCUCCCUCUCCAUUUCUAAUGACACCAGUGUUAGGACUGUCCUUGCUGGGGGAAAGGAGGCGUGUCAAGGGGUGCCUCGCAUCGCCUCGCCUCAUGGACCACGACCGCAUCAGCUGCGGCCGAAAGUGACUGACCUCAGAGUCCAGACAUUAACCUUCCACAGAAAGCAGUCUGUGCAAAGACAACUUCAAGUUUGACUCCAAAAACUAAAAAAAA